CUGCCGCAUCCUUUAUUGUUGUCAGCGUUUGUUUUUUCUUUCUUUCUUUCUUUUUCCUUCUCUCCUCAAUAAUUUGCGUUUCAGUUGCGGACUGACGCCUUCCGAGGAUGAGAGAUUACUGUAAUGUCGAGCCAUCAAGGUAAGAGUGAUCAGUUUUAGAACGGGGGCUUUAAAAGUUUUGGACCCGGGGAUGAGCUCCGCGGAGGAGGUCAGGAUGGGGGACGCCUGCUCCGCUGAUGAAGAUCUAUUGGCAAUGAUCAUAGAGUACCUGAGCUUUGCGGGAUAUGACAGUGUCGUUACCACUUUCAACGAGGAGCGCAAAUGCAAAGCUGUCAUAAAGCAAGAGAAACCUCUUCAUGGCGUUAUGACCAGUCUAAUUGACUGUUUUGAUAAUGGAGACCAAGAUGCUUUCUUUAAAGUCUGGACAGAGCAUAUUCCUGUUGGCAUAGUGGAGAGAGAUGUGAAUGCUCUCAGUCUGGAGUUCUACCUCCAUAUCCACUUCACUAUCGUUCCUCUAAGGUGGAAAGCUGUUAAAAAGAAUGAUGCUGACUUUUCGGAGAGAAUUUCAAGCUUGAAGAAAUAUUUCAAGACUCGUGGGGCAGCACUGAGCCAGACAGCAGAGUUCUUGCCAUAUUAUGCUCUGCCUUACGUGUCUGACCCCACUGUUCACCCCCUCUUCAAGGCUCUCUUCGAGGAGUCCUGGUUGGCACAGCUGAAGGAAAAGCUGGAGCGAUUCCUGACGUUGGUAAUAAAACCGAACACGCCGAGAUUGUUAACUUUAUACCAGAAGGACGGUGGGCGGAGCACCAGAGAGAACAUUCAGAAGCUGCAGCUGAAGCUGCAUGAAGCAGAAAAACGCACAAACUACUAUGCGGACAAGUUCAAAAACCUGCAGACUGAACACUGCAAGCUGAUUAUGAUAACCGCUGAGCUGGUUAAAUCACUUGAAGCCACUGUUGCAGGGAAAAUGGUCUCGCCUGACUACCUGCAAAGCCUGUACGAUGAACUACGCAACAGCCAGCAAAAGCACAGUGUGACUUCCACGGGCAUACAAAUGAGCAUAAAACCACAUUUAUCAAUGGAGGUGCCGAUGCUACCCUCGUUAAAUUAUGGAAAACUAAAGGCAGAUAUUGUUGGCAGCGACGAGAGACGUGCGUGUCUGUUGCUUCAGGCACUGUGCUGGAGACUGACGCACUCCCUCCCAGGUGACCAAAGAGAGAGUGUCCUUCAGGCCUACAUCCGUAAUGAUUUGCUGGAAGGCUUCUCUGACAAAUCGAAAACUGUAGUUGGUUUACUGGAUUCUUCUGACGAGAUGGUCCUUGAAUACAUGGUUCGGCUCAUCAAUGCGUUUGCUUCUUUUGCAGCUGGUCGGGGUUACCUCGCUCAGAUUCCAUCCCUUCUGAAACUCCUGAUGGAUAUUCUCAAGAAGGAGAAAAACAGUUCAAUUAGGGAAAAAACUCUAAUGGCAAUACAGAAACUGAGUCUCAGGAGGAGCCAGCAGACGCCCAUGAUAGAAGACGAUCUGAUUAGCUGGCUGGUGAAUGAGCUCCAGGACUCGGACUGCCUGAGUGACAAUACUCUGGAGUACUCCACCGCCUUACUUCUGAACCUGAGUCUGCGCACAAAAGGAAGAAGGAAAUGUGCAGAAGACGCCAAGCAUGUGCUAAAGGUCCUAAUUGACCUCCUCGGACAUGAAAAUCAUCAGAUCCGUUCAUUCGUGAAUGGGACUUUGUACAGUAUCUUCUGCGUUCCCUCUGUCAGGGAAGAAGCUAAAGAGAUGAGUUUUGAGGCGAUUCUCCAGUGCUACACCAAAGAGGGAAAUCCAAACUUCAGCAGGCAGAUUGGGUUCAUCAUCAAACUACUGAACUCUGAUAAGGAAGAGGAUCCGGAGUCGGAUGACGAGGAAGGGGAUGACAACAACGAAGAUUUACUGGAGAUGGAGCACAGCGAAGAUGAAAUUCUGCAGCCGCAGUCAGGGGAACUGACAGGAGAGACUCUUCUUACCACGGACUACCUUGGUAUUAUGACCAACGUGGCACAAAUAAAAAUCAAUACUCCAAUUCUUGAGCCAUUCCAGAGACCGGUCACCCCAAAGACCGCUGCCAGAUCAGAUAUAUCUCUUCUUGGCAGUCCCCCGGGCACCUCCGACUCCUUCCAUCAGAGCCCAGACUCGGCAUGUGGGCAAAUAACUCAGGAGUCGGGGUUGUGCACUCCAUAUGAGGAUCUCCUGAUGAAAACUGGUGCCAAGGAGAUGUCCACUGGGCAAGUCAUGAGUCCUGAGUCUGUGUUUGCAUUCAUGUCUCGGCCAAAACUUCCACGAACACCUCAGGACCACCUGUACAGCUCUUCGGCAGGUCCAAGUCCAACAUUGCAGAGCGCACCCGCCGCUGAUGCACCUAAAAAAUAAGCACUUCACCGCAUUAAUUCCGUGAAAAGCUGAUUUCAGGAUUCUGCUGCAAGUACAAUAAUUUGAACAAAAUGAAUGACGGUUUUCGAUUGAUGUAAUUUUAAAUAAAGAAUUGACACAGAGGCAACUGAAGACUGGAAUGUUUGACGUUUUGUAACUAUAAGUAUUUUUAUGCCUUUGAAUGCAAGUCAAGAAAUGUUGAAAAAAAGCUAAAGUUAAAGCUCAUCUCUGAACUCUUCCCAAACCUUCUGCAAUGCUGAGUGACUCUGUGCUCCAGUGCAUGUGCCUCUGGGAGCUCUCUGGAACCUCAUGCUUUAUUAUACUGAGAUCUCAGACUGAAUUUAGAAGCAAUUUUCUUGUUGGUAAGUGGGAACUUUCCCACCUCUGUUACUCAAGAGCCCAUGGAAAACAUUUAAUGUCCUUCAUUUUAAAGUUGGUUGCUUGCAUGACUUUUCAGGAAAAAAAAUUAAGUCUUGGAUUGUUUUCAACAUGGAUCAGAGGUUUUGGGUUUACAGUGUCUCUGGGAUUGUCAUCCUUUCUAAGUUUUAACAAUAACAAUUAUUUUUUUAAAAUAUGACUAUGGACACAUUUUAUUAUUAUAAACUAAAAUAAUUUACUAGUGUAGUUGGGAAAAUGACUGUAAGGAAUUUGUUUUCAUUUCACUAAUAGUUUUGAGGAGUUUAUCCACUUAUUUAGUUUUUCCCAACCCCCCCGCCUUUAUCACACUACCCUUCCUCCACCACUGCCCCCACCCCUCCCUUCUCGUCUGUGUCUGGCUUUUGCCAGGCAGGCGAAGAGGACUGGUGAGGAGUGAGCUGUCACCAUGGGGUUGCACUAUCUCCCCGCUAACAUCAGCUUCCUGAAACUUCAUCCCCCAGGUUGCGAUGAGGGCCAGCAAGAUCAGCAGCAACGGGAGGAGCAGGGGAUUGUUGAACAAUGUGUGGGAUUGUGGGUUCUUUUUCUUUCUUUUUUUCACUUUUUUGCACAUAUUGUAAACAUUUGCACCUUACGGGAUCAUUAAGCAUUUAUUUUGGCCAGUCUUUUUGUUUUGUAUUUAUUUAUUUAUUUUCAGUGUGUUCCUUUUUCUUCUUUUUUUCAAUAAAUUUCAUCUUGCAUCUGAAGUACUUGUCUGUUGGUCCUCUGUUCAACUAACACUGAACUGUUUUCAUUUUUAGAACUUUCCUAACAAUAUAUUGCAUGCAAGACAUCGGUCAUGAAUAUGGAGGUA